AUGGUCCACUACCAGCAGCACAUCAAAAACAUGGAGGGUCUCAACAACGGAGCGACUAUGGCUGGUAUGCCGUCGGCCGAAGUGGAGAAGGUCAAGGUGACCGUGCUGGCUGCAGGCGCGUUCGGCAUCGCCAUGGCAACUUUGGUGGCUCGGCGUAAGCACGACGUGUUCCUCUAUGCGCGCGAUGCGAACGUAGUGCAGACCAUCAACGAGACGCACCGCAGCCCUCGCGUGUUCCCGCAAUUCAACCUUCUGCCCAAUAUUCGCGCCACCACGUCUGUGGCUGAAGCCACCAGCGACGCCAAGAUUGUUAUCGUGUGUCUUCCGGCUCAGCUCACUCCCGACUUCCUGGCCCAGUACCGUGACGACGUCCCAACGGACGCCGUGCUGGUCAUCACAUGCAAGGGACUCUACCUAAAGACGAAGCAGCUGCUGGCCGAGCCCAUUCUUGAGGCACUACAGCGUGACCAGCCUCUGGUCUUCCUAUCGGGUCCAUCCUUCGCGCUCGAGCUUAUGAACAACGCGCCGUCGGCUGUUGUCGUGGCCGCUAAACUUCUCUAUCACGCUGUUUACGUGCAACGCCUUCUGUCCACCGUCGACUUCCGCAUUUACAGCUCACAAGACAUUGUGGGCGUGCAGCUCGGUGGCGCACUAAAAAACCCACUAGCCAUCGGCGCCGGUAUGGUCGAAGGUGCCGGCUACAAAAUUAACACGCUGGCUGCCUACGUCACACGCAGUUCCCUGGAGCUGCAGAAACUCUGUCUGGCCAUGGGCGGCCAACCGAUGACCAUUUCGGGUCUCUCGGGCAUCGGAGAUCUCAUGCUUACAGCCUUCGGUGGUCUCUCGCGUAACAGGACGUUCGGUCUUCGCCUCAUUCAGGGCGAGAAGUCGGAGGAUCUGCUACGUGAAACUACAGUCGAGGGUGUCCCUACGGCUGAAGUUGCAGUCUACUUCGCCGAGCAAUGUGGCCUCGACCUGCCUAUCUUCCGAACAGUCAACGCCAUGAUCAAGGGCCACGUUAAACGAGAACAGCUCCAAGAACUGCUCAUGAAUAGACCUCUCAAGUCCGAGACCUGAUCGAACAGAGGUGCUAAGGGAAGCGGAUUUAUUUGAUGUUCCUGUUACGGUCGACUAGGGAUUAUUUCGAAGUCUCCUAGUGACGUCACAUAUCUGUAACCUUUUUCAAAUCCUAUCAAUUCAAAUAUUCCAAGUUGGA